UCCCAUGUAAUGAAUUUGUCAAAAAGUAAUGGUUAACUGGUUCUAUUUAUAAUUAUUUAUAAAUCAUCACACCGAGUGCUGAUAUUUUUGAAAUAGGUAUUUCAAUAAUUCUGCGAUUUAUAUCUAGUGAAGUUAAAGUAUGAUGUGAGAAAUUUCAGUUACUUGUUGUAAUGCCAAAGCAAUUCAUAAAAGUGAAAAUUAAUUGUGAUGUGAAUACUAGUGGUAUGCCUCCCGAAAAACAAGAAUGCAACAAAUACGAUUCAUCUUCUAAUAUAUCUAAUUCGAACGGAGACAUUUGUAGAAUAUGCCAUUGUGAAGCUGACCUCGAUAAUCCUUUGUUGUCCCCUUGCUAUUGUUCUGGUAGUUUAAAAUAUGUGCACCAGUCGUGUCUUAGACAAUGGUUAGCUGCUUCCGAUACAAGAUCUUGUGAAUUAUGCAAAUUCAACUUUAUCCUACAUACUAAAAUCAAGCCAUUAUCGGAAUGGAGGAGACUGGAAAUGAGUGGUGUAGAAAGAAGAAGAUUAUUAUGUGCAAUAUUGUUCCAUUUUGUUGCAGCUAUAUGUGUUAUCUGGUCAUUAUUUGUUUUAAUUGAUAGAGCAGCUGAAGAAGUUCAAAGAGGACUAAUUGCUUGGCCUUUUUGGACAAAGUUGGUAGUAGUUGCAGUAGGAUUUACCGGUGGAGCUGUGUUCAUGUACAUACAAUGCAGGCAGUACUUACAUUUAUUUAGCAGAUGGAAGGCAUAUAACAGAAUUAUACUGGUGCAGAAUGCUCCAGAGAAGCCUAAUCUGAUGCCCCCAUCUACAAGUUUUACUUAUAACCAAGCCUUAGGGCAGCAGUUUCCACCCCAAAUCCAAGCCCAUGUAGAAUAUAAUGUGCCAUCAACAUAUGCAGACCAUUCACGUAAUGAUCAUCAGCUCUGCUAUUCGUUCCAAAAGGAGGAUGUAGACAAGGCCAAACUAGACGAAAACAGUAGUACGUCAUCAAUACACAAGGACGAUAUUCAGUUUUUACAGGUUGAAGAUCUUUGUGAAAGAACUCCAGAAAAGACAGAAAAACCGAAAUCCAAUUUUGUAAAUAUCGGUUGGACAGACCCCAGAAUGAAAGAACGAGAAAUUCUAGCUCUGGAUAUUCAGCAUCCUUCAGUGGGCACUAAUGUGGAGCAUUCAAAGACUGAAAAUAUUAUGAAAAAGAGUAAUUCUGUUUUUAUAUCGCUACCUAAUCUUAAUGCUAGCAGUGAAAGUUUAUUGCUAUGAAAGAAGCGUUUUAUUAAUAUUCCUGAAUGAGUUUUCCAUAGGUAAUACGAAUUUUUCAAUUUGCGUUCUCAGAGAGAAAUGCGGCCCUAUCAUUAUCCACUUGGAAAGAAGAUCCACAAAAAUUUUCAUUCGUACUAUUUUCCAAAUGUGAAAACAUCACAAUAUUUGCAUAUAUUGAAAAAUAAUAAAUAAUGGAAAUUGAGAACGCUCUUUUUGAAAAGAGGUAACAAUUGAACCUAAGCUGAAACUUGAAAGUAGAUUAUACUCUUUUCAGUGAAUUGCAUAUGCUUCCUGCGAUGCAUAUUGAUCAAUGUGCAGUCAUGAAUUUUCCGCCUGUAUUCUAGAGAAACUAUGACGAUAGUCGUAUGAAUAGUCACAUGAAUCCUGCGCCAGCUUCAUUUUUAAAUCAUUGCCUACUGAUUAAUACCAAAUAAAUUGUACGAUGCAUGAGUUCGAAUAUUCGAAUAGUUAAAACAUUUGAAAUAAAUUCAAUUAGGGAUGUAUUUCGACUUUCUUUACUCUAUUUUAUUUUUGCCAAGCUUAAAAUCUUCACAUCAAAUAGCUACAAUAAUGAAAUAAUAAUCUAUGGUUUUAUUUUUGAAAGCGACAGAGCAUCCAAAAAUAUGAGCCAGUCUUUCUUGAGAUUCCAAAAUGUAUUUUCGAAAAGUCAGAAUUGUAUACGUAUAAGGAUCUAAAGUUUGUCAAAAAUAAAAUAGAAUAAUAAAUUAAGAAACUUGAAAAAAUCUAAAUAGUUUUAUGACUCCAAAAAAGAAUAAAAAUAUAUGUAUAUAUACAUAAAGUUAAUAAUCCAAGGCAGAAAAUUUCUGAUUACGAGCUGAAUUUCUUUGAAGAAAGAAUUUAGAGUACGCCACAUCAAAUUGAAAUGGUUAUAAUAUGCAGGGUGUUUUCAAAGGUAUUUUUUUUACAGAACCUACAACUGCUCGAAAUGAAGCGUUCCACCAAAAAUCACUAAUACAAAAAGUUUCAAAAUGAAGAAGAAACAUUGAUAAAAUAUAUCCUUAUUCGACCUUGUGAUCUGAAUUAUCGGAAAACUCGACAAACACUUCAUCUCGUGAUGACUGAAGCAACCAUUAUGGUUCCGUUUAAAUUUAGAAUCAACAUGAAAAAAAUUUCGGAUUCGAUACACGUGAAGUACCCACCAACAGUGACAAAUAUUCGAAAUAAUGCACACUAAUGCAGCCAGUAAAAUAAGCUAUUAUUAUGUUUGUAUUUUUCUCAUCAUUCUGAACUUGGGCGAUUUUUUAUGAAAUCAUCCAUUUCGAUGAUACGUUUUUCGAACUAAUAUAAAAAGACAGGAAUGUUAGAAAAAUUAACAAUAAUAGCACUUUGUCAACGAACAGUCCCACAAGCACUUUCGAUAGUUUUUCAAAUUCUGUACACUGUUUUUACCUUAUAUACUUUCCACGAUACACAGAUUUUCUUUGAAAUUUCCCAUAAAAAUAUUCUCUCGAAUGAAAAGCAUAGUAAAUAAUGAUAAUGACAGAUCAGUUAUCUGUUUUAUUUUCCCAUGGCCGGCGUCGCCUAGCACUGUCCCGUCAUGUUCUUGCAAUUUAAUAAAAUCCAAUCGAACUUGAAUAUUUUAUAUAGACAAUUCCGAGCUCUACCUUCUGUCAAAAAAGGCCUACAUUUGAAAAUACCCUUUUCGUAAAACUUCACUAAUUUUAAUUUCAAGCUGAACUCAAUUAAAUACCAUUGUGGAAUUAUUAUAAUAAUUCGAAAUCUUCCAAUUCCUCUGUAUUCUAUAUUACAUAUAUCCUGCAUUGAUAGGAAAUCGCUCAUUAUCAUAAUGGGAAAUUUCGUUUGUUGAACUUCCAAUUUCAAGGUCGACUGAAAAAGUAAUUUGUUAAUUGAGUUAUUGGUUAGCAUAUGCUAUGGGUAUGAUUCAGCAGAUUCAGCUAGAAAAAUGAUCAACUGAAGAAGUUCCAAAAAAUUCAUCGAGUGAGCAUAGGAUAUUGAAGUAAAUUCAACACAAAACUUGAAAUAUCAAAAUUUCAUGGCAUAUUUGUCGGAUUUUUUUAACGCUCUGUAAUAAAGAUGAUUCAUAACUCGUGGACAAUAUUUUGGAUCCCGAUGCAAAAUAAUAGUUUGAACGAAAAAAAUCAGAAUAAAAUUUUGCCAUUAUCGUUGGCAACAUAUUUCCGGAAAGAGGAAAUGGAAUGAAUUUCAUUGAUUCAAACACUUCAAUGAAACUGGGUACAAAAGUAAGUAUAUAACAGAAAAACUAUUGUUGAUUUUUUUUUGUGGUUCCUAUCCUAUCAUUGCCAUCGAAUCUUCGUAAAUCUUACUUUCAACCACCGUGCUCAAGCUCAGACAACCCUCUCUCCGCUCUUAAAGUGGUAUAUAGCCGGAAUUAUACAUAUUUUCUUGAGAUCUCCAAACAUAUCGUCGGAAAUUCUGUUGAUACUCACUUGCUGGUUUGGCGUCGACCUUUUGGUGGUUGGUAAUUGACCUUGUGGUGCUAUUUGUAUUUUAUUUAUUCUGAGGUUUCGUAUUGAGUGAGAAAUCAGGCCGCCAAGGAAUGGGUUUUUUUAAUGACUGCGACAGGUCCAAUGUUUUUCUGGUUGUGAGCCAGGAAAUGAACUACGAAGGGCGAGGGUUGCUUGAGCGUAGCGAAUAACUUUUUCCGAUCUCUGGUGUGAAAACUGGUGCGUACUUAGAUUUUUUUUUUCAAUUUUGGAAUGCCUUGAUUCUCAUUUGGACCUAUCUUGGAAAAUUGUGUGUCGAAUUAUUUCCAGCGAUGAUGGUUGUUGCUAAAAGCUUACACAGUGGUUAAACUAUCAUUUCAGAUCAAUAUUUUUCAGGGAAAGACACGUCGAUAUUUCCCUAGCGCCACGGUUGCCUUAUGUUUUGUUCCCUAAGAAAAAGAAGACUCGAUAAGAAGCAAAUUAAAAAAUCGUCGAAUUAUCAAAGACUAGUGUUCUCAGAUAAAAAAUUUGCCAUGUUUUUUUUUGGGGUACAAUAAAAGAAGGAAAAUUUCGAAGCGUCUUUGUCGUUAUCCACCAAAGAUUUACCGUCAGCACUGCAUAAUGCACCGCAGAAACUAUUAAAAAUCAUUCUUCAAAUAUGAGGUUUUAAAAUUUAAAUCGCUUCGUCUCUAGUUAACGAUUUGACAACAGCGCCUACUAGAAGAAGAAAAGAACAAUGGCUUGUUCAUAAAAUAACAGCUGUUGAUUCAAAGCCGUUAUAAGGCGCGUAUCCGCUGGCGACCCUCAACAGCAACCGUCCAUAAAAGUCCCUUAAAAUUUUACGACCUU